AUUUAUUCGUUUACGUUUUCCUUUAUUCAAAAAAAUCAUCUCAGAAAUUCCGCCCAACCCUAAUUGUACCCUGCCCCAACAAAAUCUAUCCCGCGCCGCUCAAAGUUCUCCACCUUUGCCGUUUGUCUUUUAGUUGAAACUCAAUGAGUCCAUAUCCAGAGAGGUUCUUCAAGUUCGGCUAUGAACCUCAAGAAAGUAAAUACAUACUUUCAACUCAACUACCUUGAUGCAAUUAGCUUUGCACUAUAAGACAAACACAUAGCGAAGCUUAUGGAUUCCCAAUUAAGAAAACUUUUUGAAGCUGGCAACAAGACCGCGUCGUCCGUUAGGCUCCCCAUUUUCUACUGUCUAGGCAACUUGUAACCAUGAAGAAGAAAGAGAUUUGAUAUCUUCUCUCUGGGCAGCCAAUUCGAUUCUCGAUUAGGGAGUUUGCAAUUGCUACUGGUCUGGAUUAUUCGACUAUACCUUCGUCCUCUGAGGCUGACAAAGAUGAAAUCAAGAAAUACACUAAACAGUUAUUUGGUGCUGAGAAAAACACCACUUGUGUUUGGAUAGCAAUCACCCUUUUGGGCUGCCCUUAUAAGGACAAAGAGACUAGAUUCAGGCUUGCUUGUCUACUUCUAGUCGACGGGAUUGUCUGUCCCACCUCAAAAAAUACAAAAAUUAAUGCUGAUCACAUCUUGAUGGUUAAAGACGUGGACGAAUUCCUUUCUUAUCCUUGGGGUCGUAAAUCAUUUGACAUCACAAUGGAAAGCAUCAAAAGUAGAUGUGGUAUUCUGUCAAAUCUGGGUCAGACCACCUGUGCGUUUCAAGGCUUCUUACACGCUCUGCAGAUGGUUGUUCCUGCUUGUGCUCCCACUUUCUUGACAAAUGAUGUUAAGGGAAAGGGUGUUAAACACAUUUUAGCGGAUGAUGAAGAGGAGGACGAUGAGAUUCCUCUACUACGUCCGGGAGCACAGAAGCCAAUUCAAAUCUAGAUGAAUUAUGUCAGGAUGCUCGACUAAGACGAUAAGAUUGAUUUCAAACACAUUCUCGACGAUGAGGACAAUGUCGUCAACGAGGAGGAGGUGUUCUACCCAGAUGAAGUAGAUGACCCCAAGGUUGAAAAUUUGUUGAGUGCCAUUGAACAUGGCGAUACAUUCACACAUAAGACCUGGGUGGGCGGUCAGAAGGCCUCUGAACAUAGCAAGCUAUCAAAGCCACAAACAUCGACAUCCUUAAAAGUGUAUUGCAAUGGGGAUGAUCCAGUUGACUCUGCAGCUUCAGCAUUUUUUGAAAAGGGUGAUGUGAAGACGGCCAUAUCGGAGCUUACCUUUUUACGCACCGAGAUUGGUAAAGUAAAACUUGGUGAUGUUCCUAAUCAAACAGCACCUGUUGAAACCUCUACACAAAAGGCAACAGAUGAUGAAAACGAUGUCUGAUGAGCCUCGGGGUCGCAGGUCUUUUGCAAGUCCGUUGGUCCGGAGUUUUAAAUUUAUAAAAAUCCUAAUGUUUGAAAGUGCACAGAUGUACAUUGUAGGAUUUAGGGUGUCGAUACACAGGAAAUAUGUCUAAUCUGCAAGGAAACACCAAACUGGGAUUGAAACUAAAUGCAAUGCAAAUGAAUUGCUAGAGAAUAUCUAAAGGGUGGUCGACUCAAACUAAGGAUUCUAAACUCAUAGUGGACGACUUAGAUUUCUCUGGUUUACUCUAAUCGAUGUCUAAGCAUUUCCAAUUAGCUUCCGGCGAUUUAUCCUUAUCUAUUUCUGGGAUCUGCAUGGAACUAGAAUAGGUAUGUGUAUGACUAACCAACUCUCAUCAUCUUAACCAGCAAAUCACUUAAAUCUGACAAUUAACUCUCGCUCUCAUGCCAGAAAUAAGAUCAUGCAUUUAUUACUGAAUUCGUAUGCUCACAUCUUCUCUGCAAGUAGCUUUUGACUCCUGUAUAGACUAUGUUCUUCUGAAGCUAGGUAUGGAUAAUCUGAUACAGCACUCUCGUGGUUCUGAUCGAUCCUAGGCUCAGAGAAUAGGUCAUGAAUCUACCUUCAUGCAUUAUAAACAACUUAGAAGAGAUGAGAUCCAGAAUAUGGUUUAGAAACUUAGAAAUCCUAAUCGAACCUAGAAGCAGAACGCUGACAUUUCCAUGGAGGAUGCCGGGAAAGACGAUGCUGGUAAAGAUAGAAAUGAUGGGCUGGCUAGUAAUGAAGUUCCACACAUAGGAGGGGAUACUUUCGUUGACGCGACCAUGGCUUCAAAAAGGAUAGAUGAGGUGCUUCAAGAUAUCAAUACCUCUGACCUUAUCGAGUGUGAUAAUACAGAUCUCCCCAUUCCGUCAAUUCCUCCUGCAGAUCCAACUUUGGUGGAAGCUAAUGUACAGGCACCCGUGGAAAAUGCAGACCUGCAAGUUCCGAUUCCCGAGUCUGAUAAAGUUGCAGCUGUGAGGAUACUGCAUUUCCAAAUUCAGAAUCGGCUAACGAGCAAGCAAAUGAGGUUAAUGCAGGCCUCCCAAAUCCCGAUUCCGAGUCCGCUAGAGAUCAGGUGCCCGAUGAUCACGUUAACUGCCCAGAUCCAGUCACAGAAGUACCAGGAAUCAUUGUACCCAGUAAUCGACGAUCCCCCAUCUUUUUCCCUUGGGCUAACUCAAGAAGAGAAGAACCUUGCCGAAUCUAGACAAAUAGAAGAGGAGGUGAGAAGGGUUUCAGACAUUGCUGAUUCUUCUAAAAGCAUUCCACCAAUACGUAAAAGCGUCCGCCCAAGGGUUCCAGCAUCUACAUCUGAAGACUUUGUGUACCCUCAGAACAAGAAGAAAAAGACAAAUAAAACAGUAGACCUGUCUUCUUUUUUCCCAAGACCCACCGAAGAACUAGUAUCCCUCCUUGAAGCAAGAAUUAAAGAAAUGAGAGUUAUCCCCCGUUACGGCGUUAAUCUGACUCCGAACAUCGUCAAUUAAAUAAUCUCUCGUACGAAGUUAUUAGCACCCUGGGCAUGAAUGCGAUAAUUGCCUGUAUCCGUGAUCAGCUGUGGUUAACCAGAGGAGCUCAUCUAAUGAACUACAACUUUGUUGAGUUCGGUUUAAUCAAUGAAAUUGUGAAGCUGCAUGCCUAAUUUGUUUCUACCUCGAGGAAGACCAAGAUUAAGCUCCCCAAAGGUGCGGCCGCAUAUGUCAAAAUCAGGCAGCCUUGGUACACAGCUAUCGCUCGUGUCUACUGCCCCUACCAGCUGUAGCAAGGCGUUUAAGGAGUUGAAGCUUAAGAAUCUCUUAGUUCCCCUUUCUGUAUCACUUCCAUACUUCAUCAAGAAAGAUGCGUACAAUCAAGAGAUGUGGAACGACACCCUUGACGCCUUCAACCUUUCCAUUGCUAAGCCUAUUUUUCAAUCCCCAAGUUCAGGCCAUAGCGGAGCGUCACACUCAUGCUACUUCAGAUGCACACAGAGAACAUAUCGGUCGACCGUGUAAUUGACGACAAUUUGGUGGAAGGUGACGACCCUCCUACUUCAACCGAUACGCCUGCUUCAACCGAUCCGCCUGCUUCAACCGACCCGCCUGCUUCCACUUAAACUUGUACGUAUGUUGUAUUAUUUUCGUUUUGAUAAACCUUAACUUACUAGUAUGACCUAAGCAAGCAACCAGGCGCCCAUUCCCAGUUCUUUCGUCCGAUGACGCGUUGCUCCGAGCUGAGCUAUGUAAGAAUCGGAGCCGAGCCUGGAACGGCCGAUAGUGGACCCUAUGUUCGAAGCCAGAUGUUGUCUAAUUAGACCACGAAUUACUCACAAAGAAAAAAGGAAGUGAGUUAGAGAAAAAGACAAACUGAAUCUUGAAUUUCGUAUAGAAAGAAAAGAUUCACUUCUAUUCUCGGAGUAGCCUAGCCUCCUCCACUCCAAAGGUCACUUAUGGAACUUUGUGUUGUAACAAUAUAUAACUUUUAUUUUAUUAACGUCGUCUACUCGAUAAUUGGGGUUGUUAUGAUAGUUGGCUACAUUUUGUAAUUUAUAUCACAAA